AUGGUAACAACGCAUCGACCUCAUCAACGACCAGCAAGCUUACUCAGGAUAUCCAAUGAUGAAGAACAAAUGAAUAGCAAAUUGGAAGUGGGAAAGAAAUGCAAAGUGGGUGCAAUACUUAGUUACACCCAGAAAAAAAAGAAAAGUAGAAGGAAAAAUGAGAAGCAUAAAGGUGCGGGUUUACCCGAAUAUGAGGCAAAAGCAAUUAAAGAAAUGGAUGGGAUACUCGCUUAUAAUAGAAGUUUCAAAACGGACGUUCCGUACAGUGUACUUGAUGAAGCAAUGAAGGAGGCAAUUCAAGCAAGAGAUCUCGUUCAAAUGAGAAAUAAGGAAGGAGGGAAAUCACAUCAUAAACUUUCAUUUCGUUGUCAUCAACAACAAUGGACAUUUAUUUGGAUCUAUGAAAAGGAAGUGACCCCUCGUGAGAACCAAGCGGGAGGUAUCACUGUUUGUUCACUAGAUCCAGGUGUCCGUACAUUCUAUAUUGGUAAUCAAGAUGCACAAAGAAUUAUUCGUCUCUGCCUUCAUCUUGAUGAUCUCAUUUCCCGUACUAUUAAAGCCCGCGCAAAUAAACCACUCUGGCUUGACUGCAUAUUUGAUGCUAUCAUUAUCCCACCAUUUAAUGGUGAUCAGAUGUCCCGAAAACAACAUCGACGGAAAAUGAUGUCAUUGGCUCAUGGGAGAUUUCUGGAGAGACUAAUUUCAAAGGCAGAAGAGUUUGGAAAAGAAGUUAAAAUAGUUGGAGAGGAAGGAAGUAGAAUGUCUCAUGAUGUUAAUUCAGAUGUCAACAAACGUGGUCUUGGCCAUCAAGUUAGUACCUGA